GUAUGGUUAUUACGUAAUGUAGUUUCAAAGGUUGUGUACAUUUGCCUGACUGCUCCACGUCUGAAGGACACAAUGUGACAGUAAAUUCAGGCAGUUUAAGCUUCAGUCUGACAGAAGAAACCCAAAAGUGUGUCAUCAUGAGUUCUUGACCUCCGUCUGUUCAUUCAUCACUAUGAGUGGUGCUGCGCUGGCUGUCGUGGUCGUAGUUGUUUUCCUCUUGGCCCUCUACCUCCUCCAGCGAUAUGGAGAUUUGCGGAGGCAGCAGCGGAUGGUUCUGUUGGGGACGUUGCUGUCCUGGUACCUCUGCUUCCUCAUUGUCUUCAUCCUGCCGCUCGACGUCAGCACGACUAUCUACAAGCAGUGCAUUCUGGACAAUUCAGACCACCCUACUCCUGUAACUCGAGGGAGACGCACUAAUCAGACAGACAGCGACUCCUCUGUUUAUCCAACUGUCAGUGUACCAAAGGUGUGUGAGGAACCAUGGAGUUAUAUCCCAGAUGGCGUCCUACCGGUGUUCUGGAGAGUUGUUUACUGGACUUCCCAGUUUCUUACUUGGCUGCUGUUGCCCUUCAUGCAAUCUUACGCACGGGCUGGAGCUUUCUCCAGAGUUGGAAAGAUUAAAACAGCACUCUUUGAAAAUGCUCUCUAUUAUGGCACCUACCUCCUUAUCUUCAUCUCUCUGCUCAUCUAUGUGGCAGUUCACCCAAAGUGGAAAUUUACAUGGAGAGAACUCCAGACCAUCGGCAUCACAGCCGCCAACACCUGGGGCCUCUUCCUCCUGGUGCUGCUGCUCGGCUACGGCCUGGUGGAGAUCCCACGUUCUUAUUGGCUCUCAUCCUCCCAUGGUUACCUGCUGGCCAAGACCUACUUCAAGGCAGCAAAAAUGGCUACUGAGAAGGCAUCGGCUGAGGAAAACCUUGCUGAUGUUAUGGAGGAAGUGGCAGGUGUCCAUGAGUCUGUCAGGUACAACCACAACCUCAGGAAGUGUGUGGACACCAUUAUCACAAAGUGUCCCACUGAGUACCAAGAGGAGAUGGGAAGAAAAGUGGAAAGCUCUUGUGGUGAACAGAAUGUCCUUCCCACCAAAAGAGGGCUCAUUAAGCUUCAUAAAAAAGUCAUCUCUGCAGUGCAGAGGUACAGUCAGACUCAGGUUCAGUGGUCUAUCUUGUUAGACCAGGCCUUUCAUCUAGAAGAUGUAGCUAAAAGUGAGACCAGCCCGGUCCGACACUUCACUCACAGCUUCCCCUCAGAACAUCCCCACAGCUGGAUCCAUCGCUUCAUCUACACUCCUGCUGUGGAGUGGUACUGGGAGUGUGUGUUCAGGCAGGGUUUCUACAGGCUGCUGGCAGUCCUCCUGUGUCUCCUCUCAGCAGCAGUUGUCUGGUCCGAGUGCACCUUCUUCAGCACACACCCUGUCCUAUCCCUCUUUGCUGUUUUUGUUCAGAUGGCUGAAAAACAACACAACUACAUUUGUAUCGAGGUGGUGUGCUUUGUCAGCAUCCUCUUCCUGUGUGUCUGUGUCUACUCCACAGUGUUCAGGAUACGAUUUUUCAACUACUAUUACCUGGUGCCACAUCACCAGACUGAUGCUUACAGCCUACAGUUCAGCGGCAUGUUGUUUUGUCGUCUGACCCCUCCUUUAUGCCUCAACUUCCUGGGGCUGAUUCACAUGGACUCUGCCAUCUCACACCAGGACAGAAUACAGACAUCCUACACCUCUAUCAUGGGCUCGAUGCGUGUACUGUAUUUCAUAUCUGAUGGGUUCUACAUCUACUACCCCAUGCUGGUACUGCUGCUGUGCUUUGCCACUUUUUACAGCCUGGGCUCUCGUUGUUUGAAUCUCCUCGGCUUUCAUCAGUACAUCACUGAUGACCACUUGACCUCUGACCUGGUGGAUGAAGGCAGGGAACUCAUCAGAAGAGAAAGAAGAAAAAGACAGAAAGCUGAGGAUGGAGAAAAUCGAAGAUGGGCCUGGAGGGAGCGAUAUGCAGUUCAGGGGGCUAAUGGGCGGACCAGAGCUGGUUACACUGAGUUGAAGGAUAACCAGAACAGCCCUGUCACAGAGAUCAAGAGUAGUGUGGUCACAUUCAACAGAAGAGAUAGAGAGGAAGAGGAGCAGCGGAGAGGCUUACUGCGAGAUAAUUCAAGUGACGAAGGUUCACCAAGCAGAAGAUCCACUGGAGGACGUUACCUGUCUUUGUCACCUUCUCGGACGGGUAUCUUUGACGAUGUUUGAUAGACAGAAGACAUUAAAAAACUGCUGGAAAAGGGACUAACGAAUUCUCCAAGGAAGUCUGAAUGCAAAGGAUUACACGGUUUCUCUGGAAAUGAAGAGGGAGAUAAUGUAUCUGAGACAUGGACAUACAACCAGUUGUAAUCAUUAUUCACUGAAAGAGAACACAAACUGUGAUCAACUUUCUGUGUAUAGCCAAUUCCUUUCAAAUAUAUUUUUUAUAUUGUCUUUUAAGAAAUAUGGUUUUACAGGUGUGGACUGAUGAACAGUGAAAUCAAUGGCAGUUUUGUGCCUUCAGUAACUGGGGAUAAUCACACAUGACAUGGAAUUUUAUUGAUGUUUAAAUAUUUCAACACACCAGGUGAUGUAUUUUAUUUUUUAAUUAAAUGGCUCACUGUGUAAACUGUGAAACAAAACAAAAUGAAAAUGGAUCCAUUUACUCAAAGGGAAAAUAUGAAUAGCCUAACUUAUUUCUUGGUGGAUAUUUCAAGUUAGGAAAGGCUUGACUUGUUUGUAUGUCAUGUUGUCUACAGCCAGUUAUUUUCUGUAAAGGUGUGUAUGUUUUGUAUUUGUUUGUCUAAAAUUAUAAUGCAUUAAAAUAUACCAAUUUUA